AUGGCUAUCAAGCACAACCAGCAGAUCCAGCACAACCACUUCCGCAAGGACUGGCAACGCCGUGUCCGAGUGCACUUCGACCAGCCCGGCCGCAAGCAGCGCAGACGUUCUGCCCGUCACGAGAAGGCCGCCAAGCUUGCUCCACGUCCAGUGGACAGACUUAGGCCCGUCGUCCGAUGCCCAACCAUCAAGUACAACCGCCGUGUACGCGCUGGUCGUGGCUUCACCCUCGUUGAGCUGAAGGAGGCUGGCAUUCCACGCAAGCUGGCGCCAACCGUCGGUAUCGCCGUCGACCCACGCCGCCAGAACCUCUCCGAGGAGUCCCUCAAGGCCAAUGUCGAGCGUCUGAAGGUCUACAAGCAGCGCCUGGUCCUGUUCCCACGCAAGACCAAGUCGCCAAAGGCCGGCGAUGCCCCUAAGGAGGAGGUCGAGGCCGGCAAGCAGGUCGGCUACGAGGGUCGCGUCAAGCACUCCAACCAGGCUUUCCCAAUCGACAACAAGGUUGUCGUCAAGGAGGGCAAGGUCAGCGACUACCCAGCCACCGAGAAUGCCUACCGCAAGCUCCGCGACGCUCGCUCCGAGGCCCGCCUGGUCGGCAAGCGCGAGAAGCGUGCCAAGGCCAAGGCUGACGAGGAGUCGGAAAAGAAGAAAUAG